GAGAAUGUAUAAAUACUGCGGAAGUUGCCAAGAAAUAUCAGUUCCAGAGCCCAACGUUCGUGUACGCGUUGGCCGUUGCAUUGCGGACAUGAAUUACUUGCGUGCUUUGGCUUUGCUCGUUUUUUGAUCCUUCCAUUGUCAUGAUUGUCUAACUUUGGCUUCAAUUACUUCAACUUUCAAGUCAUGCCAGUCUUUAAAACUAAAAGCAGUCUAAUUAACUCAGAUUAAUUCAAAGCUCAGGCCCACUUGACAAGUGUCAUUGUAAGGAACUGAUCAUGUUUGGGGCCAACAAAGCUCCAUUUGGGACGUCAUCAUUUGGGUCAGGUGGUUUUGCUUCACCCACUGCUAGUGCUACCCCAUUUGGCCAGCGUGCCAAUGCAUUUGGUUCUAAGACACCAGGAGCAACAGGAUUUGGUACUCCAUCAGCGUUUGGUGCCCAGACUCCUGCAGGUAGUCUGUUUGGCACUGGGGCAUCUGGGGGCCUGUUUGGUAGCACAGGGAACACCUUUGGAGGUAACACCUCUUCAGGCAUGGGAUUUGGUUCCAAUACUUCCAGUGCUGCAGGCACAUUGUUCAGCAGCACAUCAAAUGCCGGCACUACGGGUCUAUUCUCAACUCCUGCAACAUCUUCCUCCUUUGGCAACUUUGGAUCAAAGGCGUUUGGAGGGACAGCCCCCACUGGUAUGUUUGGCCAGACUACCACAUCAACAGUACCCUUUGGUCAGACGGCUACAGCAGGUGCAACAGGGGGCUUAUUUGGUGCAGCGAGUGGGGGAUUGUUUGGGGGCACACCCCAGAAUGGAACUACUGUCAAAUUCAACCCUGUUACCAGCACCGAUACCAUGGUCAAGGGUGGACAGUCAACCAGUGUCAACACAAGACAUCAGGUCAUCACAGCUAUGAAGGAAUAUGAAAACAAAAGUUUUGAGGAGUUACGUAUGGAAGACUAUACUGCCAAUCGUAAAGGACCGAGUAGUACAGGUCUACUAGGUCAAGGUAUGACCCAAGUGGACAAUAAGGCGGGUGGAUUGUUCGGCCAACCAACAGCUUCGUCUGGUGCUGGAUUCACCUUUGGUCAGAAUAAAUCAACGUUUGGCACAGGAACACAGUCUGCCUUUGGUACCAGCAGUGCUGGUUUGUUUGGCGCUCAGCAGACACAGCAGACUGGAGGGUUAUUUGGUCAGAAGACAGGUUUUGGUACAACGGGGAGCACUGGAUUGGGGUUUGGAGAUAAGUCAACCUCAGCAUUCGGUCAGACUGCAACCAAGAGUCUCUUUGGUCAGCCUGCUUCAACCCAAAGCAUGAGUUUAUUUGGCUCUACACCUGCUAGUGGUACCACUGGGUUUGGGACAGGGAGCACAUUUGGUGGCACUACGGGAUUCGGUCAAACCCAGUCCAGCAGUUUGUUUGGAAAGCCGUUAGGUUUUGGAACCACGACCACAAGCACUGGACUGACCCUUGGUUCGGGUACCAGCACAGGUCUGUUUGGACAGCAGAACAAAACUGGAUUGUCUCUGGGCACCGGGGGAACGACAGGAUUUGGUACCGGUUUUGGCACGGGUGCCACCCAGUCUACCAGUCUCUUUGGCAACAAAGGAACGACGGCAGGCUUUGGAGGUCUAGGCACUGGUCUAGGCGGAGGACUAGGGACGGGAUUUGGUACCACCAAUACUGGAUCCUCACUGUUUGGUGGCGCUACUAGUAAACCAUCCACUCUGGGUGGACUAGGAGGCUUCGGAGCUACAACUGGCCUAGGUGGUGGUCUGGGGACUGGAGCCGGACUUGGCAUUGGAAGCAACACGGCUGGUAUUGGAGGUCCUACAGUCGGUCUGGCAGUGCAAGAUGCACAGGCUCAACAGCAGCUUCUAGCAAUCUUCAACUCACCAUACGGAGAUAAUCCACUCUUCAGGAAUAGACUCACAGAUUCUGACAAAAGAGAGGAUAUUUUGAAGCCAACAAGCAAAGCAGCACAGAAAGCAUUGACUACACCACUGCAACACAAGGUAUCUGCCAGGCCAGCUGCUAAACUUCGGCCCAAACCAUUGCAAGGUGUCUCCCAUAAGUCUAAACUGUUUGAGGGAUUGGAUGAUGAGGACCCAACACUCAACUCUGAGAUGUUUGUACCAAGGAGGAGUGUCAAGAAACUGGUCAUCAAGAAGAAGGAAGAUAAAUCUGAGAGUGAUCACUUGCUGAAUUCCAGUCGUUCUUUGGCUCAGGAGGAAGAUCUUCUGUCUCCAAUGUCUACUUAUCCCAUUGACACGACAACUAAACGAUCCAUCAGCGCCCAGGACUCCUCACCCAGCAGCCAUGAUGUCUUGGAGACACCAGGAGGUACGCGGUUGUUUUCCAAACCCCAGGCUCCUCAAAACGACAACCCAUCAUCAUCAUCCAGCAAUCCUAAGAAGCAAGAAGACCCAGACUGCACAAUCACCGACUUGAAUGUCAAAGCGAAAUCACCCAGCAAUCUCAACACCAGUGAGAUGUCAUCGGCCGGCAGCGACUUGGAUCAGUCCUCCCUAGUCGACACCAUCCACAUCGAUGACAAUCAGGAGAACACACCACCUCCCCACCCAGGGGGUGUGGUCUUACACAGGGCGGGAUACUACACCAUCCCAUCCAUGGAGGAGCUUGCUGAGAUGGUAGAGGUCAAUGAGGACAGUGGAAGGGUGUGUUUAUACGUGGAGGAUCUGACCAUAGGACGGGCUGGGUAUGGCAGCGUCUUCUUCCCUGGAGUGACUGACCUGGCUGGCAUCAACCUGGAUGAAAUCGUUCAUUUCCGUCGUAAGGAGAUCACCGUGUACCCAGACGAUACCCACAAGCCCUCGGUGGGUGAGGGACUCAACAAGAAGGCUGAGGUGACAUUGGAUCGUACCUGGCCAACUGACAAGACGUCUCGCAAACCCAUCACGGAUGUGGAUCGUUUGAUUGCUCUGAACUACGAAGAGAAACUGGAGAGAGCAACAAUAAAACUUGGAGCCAAGUAUGUAGAAUACCGCCCUGAAACCGGCUCGUGGGUCUUCCAGGUCCAGCAUUUUUCCAAGUAUGGAUUGUCGGACAGUGAUGAAGAAGAAGAACCAUCCUCUAAAGAUCCUAAGAAGCAGAAAACUCAACAGAAACAGAAACCUCCCCAGAAACCAGCAGCAGCAGAUAAACUACCUAGCAAGCAACCUGCUUCCAAACAGCCUACACCAAGGGCCCCCUCUAGUGGCAGUCAGCAGGCCAGGGAGCCGUUCCCUUCCCAGCAGGAGGAAGAACCAAUGAGAGAUGACAUGGACUUGGAGAUGAUGAGAGAUUCACCAAUGAGAGGCCUUGGAGGCUUCUCACCUAAACCUUACAUGAAUGGUCACCAUGACGACCUGGGGGCGGGGCAAGAUGAUAGGCUGUUGAAUGCCCAGAUGGAGGAGGAGGACAGUGCGGAACCUGUUGCAUCCUCCCACCGGCUUGCCAAUGUCCUGGGGAUGAACACUCAUCGAAUGCAAGUCAUGAAAGGUUCAUUCUUUGCUGAUGAGGAUCCAGUGGAGUACGAUUACAGGUUAACAUCAGCCCCAGUCCCUCAGACAAGACCGUCGUUAUUUGACUCUCCAUCCAGAGGCUCCCCCGCACCAAAAAUGGAAGAGUCCUUCCAGGAGCGAGGAUUGAACAAAAGUUUUGGAGGUGGAGUAUGGAGACCCCGCCCCCUUGGUAGUCCCGCCAAAUACCUAGCUGGGAUGGGAGGUGCGACAGACAGCAGAGGGAGCCCUAUCCCCAGAACAAUCAAAGACGAAAUGCUGAAUCGCAGAGAUCACUAUAUGUCCAGUCACUUUGCAGCCCCUAAGCCCCUCCCACCACCCUUCACAGGACCCCAACCCCUCCACAUCCCAAGUGGAAUGACCCAAGAUCGCCCCGGGCCGCGAUUGGUUGGAUCUCGUCCCCAGCAGACAAUCUUACCUCUCAACCAAUCAGUGAUCCGUGGUAAAGUGCCUUGCAUUGCUGAUACAGGCCUCGUUAUGAGUAGGUCAUUCCGAGUAGGCUGGGGACCCAACUGGACCCUGGUGCAUUCUGGGAAGGCAGUCGGACAACGCAUGAGCGUCCCAGACAUCAAGAAGGAGCCGACAGCAUUUCCUCUCUUGACUACCAAGCAACCCACCAAGUCUUCCCUGGAUGCUACCCCCUUCACACUCGCCAUGGAGAGGGUCAAUCUAGCACCUCAUCUCAUGGCUUCAGAUAACAAAGUCUUGGAUCUUCAUGAGCGUUCCUUGGACGUCCAGCUUCGUCACAGCCUUGCCUCCACCCAGCAAUCCUCCCCAGUCUUUGCUCCUGAGCGAGGCAUAGAUUGCCUGCAUCACUACGCCAAGACGGCCUUGAGAGAUGCUCAGGAGAAGCUGACUGGAGACCAAGAUACAUUGAAUCAUAGCUUGCUGGUCUGGAAACUCCUGGUAGCGCUGUGGGGAAGAUUACCUAACCAAGAUGAACAGGAGUUGGACCCAGAUAGUUAUCCCUUCCGCAAGGCAAGACGCGAGGCUUUCUCUGAGUGGUUAGCUUCAGCUUCACGACAACAUGUCAACAGAGAGGUGCAAGCUGCUAAGUUUAAGGACAUGGGGCACAUAGAGGCAGUGUACUCCCUCCUUACUGGCAGGCAAAUCGGCGAGGCAUGUGCAGUAGCACAGAGGUCAGGUGACCAUAGGCUGGCUCUCCUAUUGGCUCAGGCUGGAAGUACCAAUGAAACCAAGAAGCUGGUUGCUAAGCAACUGGGUGAUUGGCAUGAAAUGGGGAUUGACAAGUUCAUGGCUCCUGAGUACCUGCGUGUUUACGCUGUGCUGGCCGGCAUACUAGUCUUGGAGUCAGCUCACGGGACUAUCAAUACAUGCCGAGGAUUGGAUUGGAAGAGAGCCCUCGCUGUCCAUCUUUGGCAUGCCUGUAGUCCAGUUGCUUCCGUCUCGGACGCCCUGGAAGAAUAUGAGACUGGAUUCCUGGGUCAAUCCGCCCUCCGUCGUUACUGCCCAGCACCACGCCCCCCAUACAUGGAGAACAAUCCAGACCUAUACCCAGAGGAGAGAGAUGAUGACAUGGGGGCGGAGUUUGGGGAAGAUUGGAGGGAGGCUGUUGAGGAGGAGAGAUUUGUUGUGAGGGAUAUGUGUUUCCAUCUGGUCAAGCUGUACGCUGAUCGCUCACAUCGUCUGGAGAGAGUGUUAGCACCGACGACACACACAGCAAACCAGCUGGACUAUAGAUUGAGCUGGCAUGUAUUACAAGCCCUUCAAGCCUUGGGCUUCACCCAUCUAUCAGAUCAAGACCUAGCUCAUCUUCAUACCAGCUACGCCGCUCAGCUUGAAGCACUAGGACUGUGGCACUGGGCAGCGUUUGUUCUCCUACACAUCCAAGAUGACUUCAGGCGUGAGUAUAUAGUGCGUCAGCUUCUCAAGCGUCAAUGUUCACUGAAGAGGAGUGAAGAGAACGCAGCCAAGGAGCGCUUCCUGGUCAAUCAACUCCACAUUCCACCCAUUUGGAUCUCGGAAGCGAAGGCAUUCCGCGCUCAGUAUGAAGGUCGUCAUCCUGAGCAGGCAUGGCAUCUUCUUCAAGCUGGUCAUUGGAAUGAAAGUCACUCAGUCAUCAUCAAACACCUGGCAGCCGAUGCAAUCAUUAGUGAGAACUACAACUACUUGCUGGGUCUCCUCAAGGAGCUAGUUCCUUCAGAUCGAUCCAUCACCAUUCAGGAUUGGGCCACUAAUGGGCAGGUCUUCCUAGACUUCAUCAACAUUGUACAGAGGUUAGAUCACUUACAGCGCACUGAACCCACCACCUAUGAGUUAGAGAAACUCUACCCAGACGUUGCCUCGUUGUGUAGCCGUGUUGGUAGCGUGACUUGCAGGACGGCCAAGGAUCGUCUCUGCCAAUCUGAGAUGGCCAAACGGACGGCCAACGUUAUGAAGGCGGUACUCACACUACAGCAACAAUCUUUGCAGCCAGACAAGCCAGUGCAUAUCCCAUCUCGUCUGCUUGCACCUCACGUCGGUAAGCUCCCUAUGCCUGAGGAUUACGGUCUGCAAGAACUUAGGGAACUCACUCGUAGCUAUAUGGUCGAACUCACUGCAUGAACGGGCCGAGUAAGUCGUCCAUACUGCAGCAUUCACUUGAUGAGAGACUAGUGCCGAACUCUGUAAACAAAUCUGAAGAAAUGUUGUAUGCCCAGCACACGUGUCAAGACACUAUGUGUUUGUGCAUGAGCCAAGUAUGUGCAGGGGUGUGAAAUCUCAGCUUUUUUUGUUUGGGAUUUCAGCUUUUUCCCUCGCUUGCUGUGUUCAAAAGUAUAGGAGAUUUCCAAAGUUCAGCUUUGUUUACACCUUUUUCAGCUGUUUUCAGCUAUAUUUAUCAGUGGUCACUCACACCCUUGUAUGUGGCCAUUGACAUUUCACCAAUCGCAUCACGUGAAUGCGCAACUUAUUUGCUCUUAAAAUCACUUUUUGUAAGCUAAUGUCUUAUGAAAAUCACUCGACUUGUUCUUUCAAGAUGAUAUCAUAUACUAUGACACACACAAAAAUCAUAUUAGUUAACGAGUACUCCUUACACAAAUUUAUAGAGUAAAAUAUCUAUGCGGUAGGGAAAACGAUAACAUCUGGAAACUUGUAGACAACUGGAAUCACAAAUCCGAAGAUUGCUGAAAUGUUUCCUUAAUUGACAACUGCACCAGUCCAUACUGACUUUAGGAACAGUAAUAAACCUGAUGCUGGGGGAGGAUAUUGCCGCAUAAAUUAU